AUGGGGGCCAUAGAUUAUAGAAUGCUGCUGGACGCUGGAUCUAGGAAGAACAGUCGCACGUGGGAGGAUCUGAAAGCCGAGACGACUUUGCUCGCCAUCAUCAUUGUCCUGGUUGUGUUGAUCGUUGUCUUUUUCAUUCUCACUGUCCGCGAGUACCUUUGGGCGUUUCACGGAAUCAGCUGCUGUUGUCGUCAUGAGCCGCAUCAUCGUCCUCGAGCCCGCCGUGAUGGAAUGGAUGUUCCAGGUAAUACCACGUCUGUUGGAGACACAACGAGUUCAUCAUCGGAGUACGACUCGAUGAGCCUACGAGAACGUAAAAUGCUUCGUCGCAGUUGGUACGAGUACUCCCUCGCAAAGUAUACGCAGGUGGUGGCCGAAAAAGAUCUCGUCAAAGCUGAAACAGAGGAGAAUGUCGACGAAGAGCAAAGUGUGGUGGACCUCGAGUUGUCACCAGUGCCCACGUUGAUCUCGGUGGUGUGCAACGACGGUACAGUCAAAAUCGUUGAUCGCUGCUGUUCCAUCUGCCUCGGAGAGUUCGAAGUUGAUGAAACGAUAGUGAGAUCUCCUCUCGAUGAAUGCCCCCAUAGGUUCCACCUUGAAUGCCUUCUUGCUUGGCUUGAGAAGGGAAAGAAACGGUGCCCGAAUUGCAGGCACUGGUUUGUCCCGGCGCUCAAGGUAGCGGAUCAAAUUCAUGCAGAGUUUGGUGAUAGCAGCACGUCAACAACAGCUACUGGUUCGUCGGCGAACCUGGGCGAUGUUGAAUCUGACAAUGCCUCGACAGCCGUGACAAACGCUUGA